UCGGCAAACACGCUUCCACAUAUUCAUGGUCAAAUCAAGUUCAACACAAGGAAAUCAGAUGUUGAAGAGGAUGGGAAGGUGAUUCCUGUGACAAAUCUUAAAGACUUGGAAGAUGAUGAUCUCAUCAACAUGCUUCAAUCCAUGGAGGAUGAUUAUAGUGGUAAAACACCAACAUCAUCAUCUGUUCCUACUGCUGCUGCUGCUGCUGCUAAAGAUGAGCUUGUUGCAAAGGCCCUUAGUGACUUGGAAGACUACUUGAAGAUGCCUCUUAAGGACAUAGCAACAUCAGAGGACAAUAGUCUUCGCCUUCAAACAGCUCUCAACUUCUUGUCUCGCCUUUCCUUGGAAGAUGAAGCUCUAUCCCAUGAAGUUAUGGCUAUAAUAAAGUCUAUGCACAAAGAGUUGCCUAACAUUCUGUCAUCUUUCAAGCAAGCAUUUGCUACUGUUAAUAAAUUUGCAGAGCUUGAAGAAAGAGAUAAGAGGAUCAAGGAGGAGCUAACUCAACGAAAGGAGGUUGCCCCUGCUCUUGUUUCCAAAAUGUCCGAGACCCGGAAGUUUAUGGAUGAAGCUCAAGAGAACGAAGCUAGGCUGAAGGAGCAGAUCUCUAGGUUGGAGAAAGUGAAAAAGGAUUGUGAGGCUGAAUUAUUUUCUCUGCAAGAGCAGAAGAGGAAACAUAUUGUAGAAACAGUAGAGUUAAGAAAGAGUUCGAGACUGUGAGGAAAGAGAAGUCCGAGAUGGCAGAAGAUGAAAGAAAGUCCUGGCAACAACUGUUUCAGGUUGAUCAUAAAUGGUCAGUCCUAGGAAGCCAGUUUGAGCAAAACAUUGCUAAUAGAAAUCUCUAAUAAUGCUUCCUUUGCUUAUUUUGAAAGACCAAAUAAAGUUUGAGAGGUUU